CGCCUGGACUCGAAGCCCGGCCGCUUGGCAGCGCCGGGUCGAGGGUCUGCUCGGUGGGCGCGGACGCGGGGCCGGCGGCCGAGCCGGAGCCAGAGCAUGCGGGGCGCGGCGCGGGCGGCCGGGGGGCGCACGGGGCAGCUGUGGCCGAGGCCCCCCGCCCCGGGCCCUGGGCCGCCGCCGCUGCUGCUGCUGCUGGCCGUGUUGCUGGGCGGCGCGGGCGCGCAGUACUCCAGCGACUUGUGCAGCUGGAAGGGGAGCGGACUGACGCACGAGGCCCACAGGAAGGAGGUAGAGCAGGUGUACCUGCGCUGCUCCGCGGGCACUGUCGAGUGGAUGUACCCGACCGGUGCGCUCAUCGUGAACCUGCGGCCCAACACCUUCUCGCCCUCCCGGCACCUGACUCUGUGCAUCAAGCCCCUCAGGGGCUCGUCGGGGGCCAAUAUUUAUUUGGAAAAGACUGGAGAACUGAAACUGCUGGUGAGGGACGGGGACCUCGGGCCCGGCCAGGCCCCGUGCUUCAGCUUCGAGCAGGGCGGCCUGUUCGUGGAGGCGACGCCCCAGCAGGACAUCAGCAGGAGGACCACGGGCUUCCAGUACGAGCUGACCAGCCGGCAUGCGGGGCCGGACCUGCACACCCUGUCAGCCCCGUGCCGCCCUUGCAGCCACACUGAGGUGCUCUUGGCUGUCUGUACCAGUGACUUUGUCGUCCGAGGCUCCAUCCAGGAUGUCACCCAUGAGCCGGCGCAGCAAGAGUCAGCCAUCCACCUGAACGUGAGCCGGCUCUACCGGCAGAAGAGCAGGGUCUUCCGGCCGGCCCCAGAGGGCGAGGGUGGCGGCUGGCGGGGGCGCGUCUCCACGCUGCUGGAGUGCGGUGUCCGGCCUGGGCGCGGUGAGUUUCUCUUCACCGGCCACAUGCACUUUGGGGAGGCCUGGCUCGGCUGCGCCCCGCGCUUCAAGGAUUUCCAAAGGAUGUACAGGGACGCUGAGGAGAGGGGGCUGAACCCCUGUGAGAUAGGCACAGAGUGACUGACUGCUGGGUGACCGCUGCCGCAGCGAUGGAUACACACACUGGGGUGGGUGCCUGGCGCUCUGACUGGGGAGGUACACGCUGGUUCUGGCCGAGGACUCCCUGAUGGAUUGACUGGAGAUGCUGUAACAUGCCAACUAAGUUAUUAUAUUUUUUUUAAAAAAGAAAUGUUCAUAGGAAGCAAACUCCCGUGUCGUAAAAUGCCUUCGUGUGCCGUUUCGUACUGUUUUCUGAGCAUCUGCAGUCACUGCAUUUGGCUGGUGUGUUGGGUGAAGUGUGGGGCCUGUGGCCCACAGCCGAUAACCCAACACCAGGCUUGGGUACCAUUCAAAGUUGUUUCUUAUGAUGGAAAUUUAUGGAGCCAAAUACCUAUGGUUUUUUCAUUUUGUUUUUGCUUUUUAAAGAAUGAACUUUGCCAGCCAUGGUCAUUUUGGGGCUGCAGGCUAUUUCCAUUCCAGGGAAUAAAGACCAGCCUCUGACGGAUC